UACUUAUCAAAAUUACUUUUCGUCUCAGUACCUUAUUGUUUGUUUCUGUAAUUGAUCAUCAGUUUGGUAGUUUCUCUCAGCUUCUAUUUUCUUCACUCUGAAACAAUCAAAUCAACACUAAAUCAUGGCAGCAUGGACGGCGGCGGCUCGUCAAGCCGUAAAUCUCACUCGCCUUUCGUCUCCAAAAUUGGCCUCCUCUUCUUCUUCGUUAACCGCUCCUCAAGCCGCUUCUCUCAUUCAACGGCGUGGCCUAGCUGGCGGCGGCGAUCAUCAUGGACCGCCCAAGGUGAACUUUUGGCAGGAUCCGAUGAGCCCAUCUAAAUGGAAAGAAGAGCAUUUUGUGAUCGUCUCUUUAACUGGAUGGGGAGUACUCAUCUAUGGAGGUUACAAGUUCUUUACUGGAGGCAAGAAAGACAAGAAGGAAGAGGUUGGGGAUGCAGCUCACUAAUCUUGGAACGGCAGUCGAUAUUUUUAGAAGCAGAUCUUGGAAGAGGAUGUUUUUUCUAUGUUAUUAGGUUCCAGUUUUCGACAAAUUUAGUCUGUACAUGACUCAGAGAGUGGUGAUGAAUAUUUGGCUUUCUGUUUCGCUGUUCUGAUACUUCAGUAUAUCCAGUACGUUUGGCUACAUUCUAAAUAAUAAGCUGGCCAUUUUCUGAUA